GAGUAUGUGAACAGAUGAAGCAGAGAAAGGGAAAUCUUUCUUUGAAAGAGGCAGAAAAGACCGAAAGGAGAGACUGAGUUUGUCCGAGUUUGUCCUGCGUGUCUCGGCUCGGGGUCCAGAGCGGCUGCCACCCCCCACAAGGAGAGGGGAAGGAGGCUGAUAUAUACAUUGAGUGAAACCGACUCGAACCCCCCCCCCAAAAAAAAAAACCGAAAGGAGUUUUCCGCUCCUUUAGUGCGCCUGCCAGUCGGGAGAUGGGUCUUUUUUUUCAUUCGAGUAUACACCUCCCAUUUGCCCUCCCCUUUUUCCCGAACAAGCAGGCAGUCUGUCAAUGCGCUCCGAGCGUUAGGCAAGUCAAACGAGUGGGAAUUUGAACUAGUGAGACGGGGGAGAUAGGCUAUCGAAUGGAAAACAUUGACGGAGAAGGGAAGCUAUCUAUAUUCCAAAUGACUCGCCACGCCAGACCGGCUAGUCUAUAACAUAAGGAAAUAUAUAGCCUAUGUUAAACGUCUAUUUAUUAUUCCAAGUUUUAUUUUCUUCAUAUUCCUCUGGUUUAGUUGAAAGUUGAAUGGGCUGGAGGUGUUCUAGUCUUCAGUUCUCUUUCUAGUCAAGUGUUUUUAUUUGUUCUGUGAUAAGUUGCUUCUUGGAUGUCAACAUUAACCGAGGUUUAUUCGCAUUCACAAAUCAUUUGGGAUAGGAUCUCGGAUUUACUAAUUGGAAGAGAAGAGAAAGAACAAGGAGUGAGUGGGGACCAGACCGCGCAAUGACAAAUCCACCGAGCAGCAAGCAUCAACGCGUCCUUAUGGGGAUGGAGCUUCUGUUCUAAACGGGAGAAAAUCCUCUUCCAUUUUUAAACACAACAUUAGCGCUUCUAUCUCGAUAAAAAAAAAAAAAUAAAGUACCCUUUCUAUAUUGCUGGAAAAUCCGUUAAAAAAAGAAGGAAUGGGAGAGAAGCCGAAAAGAAUCGGCGCAGACAACAAGGGAACAUUGUUUGGGAAAAACAAUUAUAGCUAAGACCAACACGCAACAUAAAUACCACUCGAAAUCUUUGAACGGGAUUUCUUUUUGAGUCAGAAGGGAAUUGUGCACGGGCCAGUGGACAUCGCAUUGAGGAGAAAAAAUAGGGACUAAUGACAAAAUAAUCAGAAAGUCAUGGGAUUUGCAUAGUAUUUCUCCUGGACACGCACAGAAAAUAUUCUCGAUUUACGCAGGACGCAGCCUAUAUUGUCGUCCAGCUGUCACGGAUAGAGCAACUUUUAUCUGUCAUAGUUCAGUGUCAAUUACGCAUUUUCUGUUCUAUUUUCGGUUUAUAUCCAGGCGGUUGCCCAAGGCACGAUAUCUCAUAUUCACGCAUUGAGUGACUCACCUAUAGCCUUCACGGCUAUAGUCUUUGUUUUGAAAGUACCCCAUCUCCAACCUCAUAGAAAAUAUCACAUGUAUUUUGAAAUGAGGGUAAAUAAUCGGGUUAGUGUGGUUGCAAUGGCGCCUCUGAGAAGUGGGAGUAGACUGGGUUUUCUGCUGAUAAUCUUAAUGGAUUUACUGGGGACGGCGGCGAGCAACAUGGAGCCUAUCUACUGGAAUUCACUGAACAAAAGGUUUUUGGACGAUAAGGGCUACGUCCUCUACCCUCAGAUCGGGGACCGCCUGGACCUCAUCUGUCCGUCGUCUGACCCGCCCAGCCAGCGGGCCCCCGCCGAGUAUGAGUUCUACAAGCUAUAUCUGGUGUCGUCACGUGACCAAGCGGACAGGUGUGAGGUGACGGGCGCGCCCAACCUGCUGCUCACCUGUGACAAGCCCAACAAUGACAUGAGGUUCACCAUCAAGUUCCAGGAGUACUCUCCUAACCUGUGGGGACACGAGUUCAAGACCAACGCUGACUACUACAUCAUCGCCACGUCAGAUGGGACGCGCCAGGGUCUGGAGAGUAUGAGGGGAGGAGUGUGUGCCACGCAGGGCAUGAAAGUGGUCCUUAAAGUGGGACAGAACCCCUAUGGACUGCCCCCGAAACCUGCCAAACCAGACCAAAGCGCGGGCCGUACCAACACCAGAAAUACAGGUGGUGCUGGUAACACCACUCAUCCCAGGAUUCCUAGCGGUGACGGCGGUGGUUCGGGAGGCACGGGUGGUGAGAACGGACCCCUUCCCCCCUCCAACGUGGCUGUCAUCGCCGGCGCCGCAGGAGGCUCCGCCUUUCUCCUCCUGGUAACCGCGGUGAUCUGCGUGGUGUGUUACCGGCGGCGACACGCCAAGCACUCGGAGUCCCACCACCCACCCCUGUCGCUGUCCUCCCUCACCAGCCCCAAGAGGCACGGCGGUGGGCACGGGGGCGGGCACGGGAGCGGGAAUAACAACGGCUCGGAACCCAGUGACAUCAUCAUCCCCCUGCGGACUUCGGACUCGGCGUACUGCCCUCACUACGAGAAGGUGAGCGGGGACUACGGCCACCCCGUCUACAUCGUCCAGGAGAUGCCCCCCCAAAGCCCAGCCAACAUCUACUACAAAGUAUGAAGGUUGUCACCAUGACAACCUACAGUACCACCAACUACCACCCUUCCCUGUUCUAUACAGUACAGUACCACCUACAACCUACCUACAAUAUACCCUGUUCUAUACAGUACAGUACCAUCUACUACCUACCUACAAUAUACCCUGUUCUAUACAGUACAGUACCACCUACAACCUACCUACAAUAUACCCUGUUCUAUACAGUACAGUGCCACCUACAACCUACCUACAAUAUGCCCUGUUCUAUACAGUACAGUACCACCUACAACCUACCUACAAUAUACCCUGUUCUAUACAGUACAGUACCACCUACAACCUACCUACAAUAUACCCUGUUCUAUACAGUACAGUACCACCUACAACCUACCUACAAUAUAACCUGUUCUAUACAGUACAGUACCACCUACAACCUACCUACAAUAUACCCUGUUCUACACAGUACAGUACCACCUACAACCUACCUACAAUAUACCCUGUUCUAUACAGUACAGUACAGUACCACCUACAACCUGCCUACAAUAUACCCUGUUCUAUACAGUACAGUACCACCUACAACCUACCUACAAUAUGCCCAGUUCUAUACAGUACAGUACCACCUACAACCUACCUACAAUAUACCCUGUUCUAUACAGUACAGUGCCACCUACAACCUACCUACAACAUACCCUGUUCUAUACAGUACAGUACCACCUACAACCUACCUACAACAUACCCUGUUCUAUACAGUACAGUACCACCUACAACCUACCUACAACAGUCCCUCAAUGACUUACUCCAAAAGCAGAUGUUUAGGGCACUAUACAGCAUAUGAACUGCCCUAUCCAAUCCCAGCCACAGCCACAGGUGUGUGUGUCUAGCUUACUGAAGUGGCCAUCCUUCACGCCCACCACUCUUCACUCAACUGUGUCACUAAGCCAAGUGAAGGUUUAGUAUAUAACCCCCCCCCUCCCGGGCCCUUUAAAGAGGACAGCAAUGACAAGUACUCUGGGCUACGACCCCUUUCUUUCUCACAGCAAAUCGAAACCCCCCAUCCAGAGCUGAAGAGAAGAGUCCCGCCCUAUACACCAUGAGGACAAGUGUGAGAGAACACACACCAAGCUAGUGUGAGAGAACACACACUAGUAACGCCACAGCAUGGCCUUAUGGGACUCGGACCCUACAGUCCAACUACCAACCAACCAGAGAACUCUGUCUGUAUCUCCAGUGCUGUGCUAUAGCAGACCUAUUGAGACUGGCCCCUGACUGGCCCUUGACUGGCCCCUGAGACAGACUGUGUCCCCUAAUGUUAGUUUGUUUGUUUGUGUGUGUAUGGUUUCUCAUUGGACCAGGGGCCUCUGACUCUCUCGCCACGUGAUCAGGCUCAGGUGCCAGAGGUCAGACCAAUUGAGUCUUAGUGACAUUCAGAUUCUUGUAUAUUUUAAUAACGUGUGUAUGUGUGUGCUUGUGUAUGUGAGACUAGGAUAAUAAUUAUGACACUGCUACACGUACAGGUGUGUGUGCAGUUAGUGUGCUUUAGUACAGCGAGUAUGUGUGUGUUUUGUGUGUCAGUGUGUGUGUGUGUAUGCCUGUAUUUCUCUGUGUAUACACUACGUGCGAGAGAAUGUGCGUGUGUGUUUGUUCUUUAGACUUGUCUUAAAAACCAAAACUCAAAAAAGUGAGCGAAUAUAGGAAGAAAGUGAGAUUUUUUUAUCGCUAUCAACACUUAUAGAUGAUAUAUAUAUAUGAAUAUCCAGUAAGUCAUUUUUAGACGUCUUGUUUUCUAUUGUUUUUCAUUUUUAUUCCUCCACUUGUAAAACUCCACUGUUACUGCUAGAUAUUUUUUAUCCGCUGGUUUAUUUUUUAGAAACAUUACCUUAUUUCCUUCCCCUUUGAGUUGUAAAUUAAUUGAAUCCCUUUGUUUUUCUUUUCCUGGCGAACUGAGGUCUCUCCCUCUCUCUCUCAUCGCCUCCUCCCUCCCUUCCUCCCUCCCUGUCUCCCUCUGGGCCUCCCACCCCUAUGUAUAUUUUUAUAGUUCUUGUAAUAUGCUGUAGUUUUUGAAGUUUAGACCUCGUUUGUGGAAGUUGUUGAGGUAGAAACCAUCUAUGAACGCUUUUUUUUUUUUCAAACGUUUUUGAACACACAAGAAAAAGCAAGGGGGGAAAUAAACGAGGGAAGGUUCCAAAAUAAAUGAAAUGAAAAGCAAGAAGGUGAACCGGAGUCACUGUCUAGGGAGAAAAGAGAGUGACUGAAAACAGAACUUCUGGUAAAAGACGGAGAGAAAAAAACUGAAGAAGGAGUUACACACUGAGAAAGAAAAAGAACGCGAGAACAGAUGGAAGAAGAGGAGGAGGAUAGGAGUUGAAAUGAGGGAUGAGAGAAGGAUCCCUGGGAAGGAUAGAGAGCGCAAAGCGAUGACUGCGGCGAAGGAUAGGAGUCUUUCCUUUAAUGGAGUGCUGCGAAGGAGUGAUGAACCCUAGGAGGAGGGAGGAGAGGAACGGACACGCAACUGAAAUGGAUUUCAGGGGGGAAACCUCACUGUGGAAUAAGGAGGAGAGAUUUAAUCUCCCACACACACACACACACACACACACACACACACUGACAGAUAGACAGACAUUUUACCUCACAACAGCUAUAUAUUUGAGACACACACUCUUUAAGCUGAUUAUAAUGAUAGACACUCUCUCUGCAGACACACUGAUCCCUCUCACAUUCUCUUUCACUGUCACACGCACGCACGCACACACACACACACACACACACACACACACAUACAUACAUACAUACAUACAUACAUACAUACAUACAAAAGAAUAUGCUGAUUUUACACACAUACUGAGGACAAAUACAUACUGAUUGCAUUCAACACCACUACAUCUCUGGCUCACACACACACACACACACACACACACACACACACACACACAUACACACA